CCUGCAACUGCAAGGGCGGUCCGCGAAAUUGAAAGUUCCUUUAAAAUGAUUCGCUUUCGAAAAUCUUUGAUUGCUAUCGUUUUAAUAGUCGCAGCAAGUGCUUCACCAUUAUUUGGCAACAUUCUUGAACUGCCGGGAUAUUUUUACGGAUUUGCGUCUGGUGUUAUAAACUUUCAACGUUCAAGUAACGUGUUCAUUCAUGCGUAUAGUCAUGCAAGGUACAUAUUAGUACAGUAUCUCAGCCUACACAUAGUUGCCGUCGUGUUUAUCGCUGUUUACAGUUUCACCCGAUUGUGGCGAUUGUUAUUCUCGCCGUUAGAUUAUAAAUGCAAUUUAGCUGAUACGGGAUAUUUAGAGGAGGGGUUGUCAAAACGCGAAACUGCAAACCAAGUUCGAAAGAGGCGAAAAAUUGGUGACAUUCCUCCCGUUUACCCAAAUGGAUGGUUUUUUGUUAUUUUAUCCGCCGACUUGCCAGUCAAAGCUGUUCGGUAUGUGCAAAUUUUAGGCGAACAUUUGGCGGUUUUUCGAGGUGAAGAUGGAGUAGCAUAUAUACUGGAUGCGUAUUGCCCACAUCUUGGGGCUAACAUUGCAGUUGGCGGACAAGUCAAAGGUAAUUGCGUCCAAUGCCCUUUCCAUGGCUGGCGGUUUGAAGGAAAUACUGGACGAUGUGUGGAGGUGCCUUAUACUAAAUGCGUACCAGAAUUUGCUAAAACGAAGUCCUGGAACGUGAUUGAGAAAAAUAAGAGGAUCUACGUGUGGUACCAUGCAGAAGGGGAGGAGCCUGAUUGGUUUCCUGAGGAUAUUGAAGAAAUAAAGAAUGGCACUUGGCACUACUGCGGUGAGACAAUGCAUAACAUAAACUGCCAUAUAGAGGACCUGCCAGAAAAUGGUGGAGAUCUUAACCAUCUAAACAUACUUCACACACCACUGAUUGCAUCUGGCAAGAAUCUGAACAAAAUUUUUAGUAGUUUUUGGAAUUUUGGCUAUCAUGAGUGGAUUGCCACAUGGACACCACUUGAAGGAGAUGAGAAGCAUUGCUCAGUGCUUUCAAUUCUUCAAAAGGCUCAUCUGUUUGGAUUUCAUUUAUCAUUUUUUGAUACCUAUGUCAAAGCGAAACAGAUUGGUCCUGGCAUUGUUUACAUGACAUGGGAAUCAAUGUUUUUUAAAGGCGUAUUUACUCACGAGGUCACCCCUGUUGAACCACUUUUACAAAAAUUAACUCAAACAAAUUAUGGCUCUUGUCCAAAUAUAAUAGGAAAAUUAAUGUUAUAUGCAGAAGCAACACAGCUUGAACGAGAUGUGAUGGUGUGGAACUACAAGACAUAUCUCUCAAAGCCACUACUUCUGAAAGAAGAUAUAGGAAUAAAAAAACAUAGGAAAUGGUAUUCUCAGUUUUAUUCUGAAAACAGCCCAAGAUUAACUAUGGCUAAAAAUAAAAAUAUGGAAUGGUGAAGUGGCACAUUUUAUUAGAUAUUAAUCACUGAAUAUUAAUGAUUUCUAGCAAUUUUCUUAAUUUACUCUGAUAACCAAGCUAUAUAUUAUUAGGACUUUUUUGUGACAAAAUGAACCUUUUACAUUUAGUUUAAUUAUUUUUAACUCAGCUGAUAUGCAUAAGUUGUGUGUGGUGGUAUGAAUAAUACUCCAAUCUGGCCACUACCAGUGAUAAAUACUAUAGGUAAAUAAAGAAUACACCUGUGAUAAUCUAUCAUUAGAGUGGUGGUACAUCUGUAGUGUUAUAUAAUAGUAAUGUAUAGUCUUGAGCCAUCUUUUAGAAAUGAAUUUAGUCUUGUGUUGUGUUGUUUUUUAUGGAUUCUGUUGUAAAUUUUUUAAAACUGGAUUUGAAGUAUUUAUUAAUUAUACUAUUAG